AUGCUUCACAAUCCAAUAUUUGACAACUCUGUUUUUGGCAAAACUGUGAAAGAAUACCCAAAAAAAUUGGAUUUUACUUUUCAAGAUCCAAUAUUAGGUGAACUAAAUGGGACUAUAUCAGAAGAUGAAAUUAUGAAAGCAUUAAUUGAAUUGAAACCAGAGAUAUCACCAGGACCAGAUAGUAUUCCAAAUGAAUUUUACAGGUGUUCAAAGAAUGCUCUUAUUCCAGUUUUGAAAUUUGCUGUUAAUGCAAUAUUUGACGCAGGCAUUUUUCCAGAGGAAUGGGCUAAAAGAUUUAUCGUUCCUUUACAUGAAAAAUGCAAUGUACAGAAAUAUUUAAGUAAAUCAAAAGGUUGGUUCUACUGUAUGUUUGUUGACUUCAGCAAGACGUUUGAUUCAGUUAAUCACAACUUACUGAUGUAUAGACUUUACAUUGAGGGCGGUGGUGGGAAAAUGUUGAAUAUUUUAAAAUCUAUGUAUAAAGGAGUCAAAUCAUGUGUGAAGUGCCAGUCUGGUAUAACAAAUUAUUUCCCAUGUAAUGCUGGCGUAAGACAAGGGUGUGCUUAG